GAGGCGCGCGCCGCGCUGCUUGCUGUGCCUGCUGCUGUUCCUUUCAGCAUGGAGGAGCUGUAUGCCAAGUUUGUGUCUGAGAAAAUCAGCAAAACCCGCUGGCGGCCGGUGCCUCCGGGGAGCCUGCAGACCGCCGAGACCUUCGCCACGGGCUCUUGGGACAAUGAGGAGAAUCACGUUUCACUGUGGUCUAUCGGAGAUUUCGGAAACCCGGACUCUGAUGGAAGCUUAGAAGGAGACCAUCGACUGUUGUGUGACAUCAGACACCAUGGCGACGUCAUGGACUUACAGUUUUUUGACCAGGAAAGAAUUGUAGCUGCCUCAUCAACAGGAUGUGUAACAAUUUUCCUUCACCAUCCAAAUAACCAGACUCUAUCAGUCAGCCAGCAGUGGACAACAGCUCACUAUCACACAGGUCCUGGCAGCCCUUCCUACUGCAGUGCACCUUGCACAGGGAUUGUGUGCGAUAACCCAGAAAUUGUCACAGUUGGAGAAGACGGUCGCAUAAAUCUCUUCAGAGCGGAUCAUAAGGAAGCUGUGAGAACCAUAGACAAUGCAGAUAGCAGUACGCUCCAUGCUGUCACCUUCCUUCGCACUCCUGAGAUUCUCACGGUAAAUUCAAUUGGACAAUUAAAAAUAUGGGAUUUCCGACAACAAGGAAAUGAGCCCUCUCAAAUAUUAUCACUGACUGGUGACCGAGUGCCACUCCACUGUGUCGAUAGACAUCCCAACCAGCAGCACGUUGUAGCGACCGGUGGCCAGGACGGAAUGUUGAGUAUUUGGGAUGUUAGACAAGGUACCAUGCCUGUGUCGCUGCUGAAGGCUCAUGAGGCUGAGAUGUGGGAAGUUCACUUCCACCCCUCCAAUCCCGAUCAUCUCUUCACGUGUUCUGAAGACGGAUCCCUCUGGCACUGGGAUGCCUCCACAGACGUCCCUGAAAAAUCAUCACUCUUUCAUCAAGGAGGAAGAACUAGUACUUUUCUGUCUCAUAGCAUUAAUCACCAGGCUAAUGCUCACCAGUCUCUUACAAGUUCCUGGCUCAGCACCGAUCCUGCAAAAGACCGAAUUGAAAUCACCAGUUUGCUUCCCAGUAGGACUUUGUCUGUGAACACUCUGGAUGUUUUAGGUCCUUGUCUUGUUUGUGGAACUGAUGCAGAGGCAAUUUACGUUACCAGACAACUGUUUUCCUGAAAGUGUGCAACUACAAGAUUUCAGGUACAGCGUUCAGUUAGCCUUUUGAAACCCAACCUGUGUACUAAGUUUUAUUAUCAGAAAAUGUGAGAUUUGCAGCAGAAAUAUCAAUAAACUAUUGUUAACAUCUAUGUUCAGUUUUGGCUUUGUUAGUUGGAUACUCUCCCACAGCAGGUACAGGAUCUGAUAAAUGGCUGAUGGUAAACAGUUUGGAACAUGUGCACGAACAUCAGAGGGACCCUUGUGCUGAUGAAUAUGUGCCUUCAAACAGCCUGUUAUUGACAGCUCAUGGCACCUCUUCAUUAUGGACGUUGUGGAGCUUAACACUGUCAAGCCACCACUGGGUUCCAGUAGUCAACAGUGUAGGAGUAUACCCCUCCGUGGUGGCAUUAGCCAAUAAUGACAUUCUUCUGGCAAAUAUUUUCCUCAGUCUUUUCACAUUUUAUUUUCUUAAUAAUUUUAAUAAACAUUUUCAAGGUGAAUAGAGCA